AAAAUGGUGAAAUAAAUAAAAAAUGAUAUAAAUAAAUAUUUUGUCCAAUCUUUUAAAAUUUCGAUUUCCACGAAUAUCUCAUAGGUUGGUUUUAGAUAUUUCAGAAAAGUUUUGAGAGUAGUUAGAAGUUUGGAUGACCUUAAAUAAUACUGAUUUCUGAUUAGCAAAUACUUAAUCCAUCUAUAUAUUCUGUUCCAAUUUAGAAUACUUGUGCGGAAACAACCAAAUUAAGUUUCUUUGCUAUCGGAAUAGAUCGUCUGCUGGAGGUAGAGAUGUAAGCUCUGUAAAUUUACCAAUUAUUUUUUACAGGUAAAUAUUAAUUGACCGAAAAAAAUUAGCAUGUGGUGCCUUAAAUUAAACGUUUUAACGAGGUGAAUAUUUUUAACACUGCAAUAGAAUGAAAUAGUUGAUAGUAUAUCAUUUAAAACGUCAAACGUUCAGUGUGCCCACACCUACUGAUGGUGUAUUACACUAUUACAUAACAUAAUAUCAUACCAUCAAUUAUAAUCGCUAUUAAUAGCAUGGAUGUAGACAUAAUAUAAUAUUUAUUUACGACCAUGCUAUUAAUAAUUUUGACUUUAUUGACAUCGCUGCCUAUGGACCACGAACUAAGAUAUACAGGACUGGAAACGAAUGUUGAUAUGUGUCAUAGACAAGGCAUUUGUGAUUCAGAAUAUAAGUUCAUUAAUAUAUUUUCUGGUUGGCCAGGAUCUGCACACGAUGAACAUGUUUUUAAAAAUAGCCCUGUCGGUGAACAACUUAUUUCAAACUCAUUAAAUCUCUUUCCUAGAGAUAUGCACAUCCUUGGUGAUUGUGCAUAUCCUCUAUUGCAUUGUCUAAUGACACCAUAUAGGGAUAAUGGUCAUUUAACUAGAGAACAAAGGCACUUCAAUUAUAAACUAAGCUCUAGUCGGAUAGUGAUAGAACAAAGUUUUGGAAAAUUGUUUGGGAGAUUUCGUCGACUUAGGUAA